GUAAUGAAUUUUUAAAUAUUAAUGACAAAAUUAAUAAUAAUAUAAAUAAUAAUUUCAAAUGUAAAAAUGAUGAUAAUUUUUAUAAUAAUAUAACUACAUUGAUAACAAAUGAUUCAAUAUCAAAAGUUACAGAAACAAUAGCAACAGAAUCAAAAUUAACAACAUCAAUAAAAUCAUCAAAUAUUAAUCCAGAUAUAUAUUGCAAUAUUGAUAAAUCAAUAUUGAUGCCACCAUCUAAUGAUCUUAAUUAUAAUAAAGAUUUAAAUUCAUUAAUGUUAUUACGACAUAAUAAUAAAAGAUCAUCAUCAACAGAAUCACAACAACAAGAUUAUUGGCAUAAUUUUAAUGGUGAUAUUUUAGUGCCAUCAGAAAAUAUAAAUAAUAAUAAUAACAAUAAUAGUAGCAAUAGUAAUAAUAAUAAAAAUAGCAGUAAUAGUGAUUGUCAAAAAACUAGUGAUCAAAUUAAUUGUAAUAAUAAUAAUAGUAAUUAUAAAAAUAUUCAUAAUAAACUAUUGACAAAUCAAAUGUCAACAACAACAAUGACUGUUGCAACUGUAACAUCAAUAACGACCUCAACAACAUCGUCACAAUCAUCAUCAUCACAAUCAUCAUCUGUAUCAUCAUCACCUAAUAAUGCUGAACUACCAACAUUAUUAUUAUCAAAUAACGAUGAUCAAAUUAGUAUUAAUAAAUCAUCAUCAUCUAUAAAUAAUAUUAUAAAUGAAGAAACGGUUGCAGCAGCUGCUAUACCAAUAACAAAAAUUGAUACAAUAUCAGCAUCAAAUUUAACAGAUUCAAAAUCACCAAAAUCAUCAACAGCAACAACAACAGCUACAAUAACAUCCCAAUUAAAUAUUUUUUCACCAAUUGAUAAAUUAUUAUUACAAUCAAAAACUAUUAAUGAUGAUAAUAAUGAUAAUGAUGUUAAUAUAAAUAAAUCAAAUUUAUUUACAAAAAAAAAUAAUGAUAAUAGUAAUGUUAAUUAUAACAAUAAUUAUGAUAAUAAUGAUGCUAACAAUAAUACAAAUAAUGUACAGAAACAACAACAAGAAGAUCAACAACAUAUUAUUAAAAAUUCAAUUGAUGAUUUCGAAUAUAACACAGAUAAUAAUAAUUCAACAAUAUUAAAUGCAUAUAAUAUAAAUUUAUGUAAUUUUAAUAAAAAUAAUGAUAUUUAUGAUACAACAACAAAUUUAAUUAAUAUAAAACAUUCACCAAUAGAGUCACCAAUUUUAAAAUAUGAAAAUAAUUUAUAUGAUAAUAAAGAAUUAUUAUUAGUUGAUAGAGAUAAUUUAGAUAUAUUAGAUAAUCAAUUUGAUAGUAAAUUGCAUGAACAACAACAGCAACAACAAUCACAACAUAAUUGUCAUCAGGAAGAAUUACAUCAAGUACAGCAUAUAGAGGAAGAAACAAUACAAGAACAAGAGGAACAAGAAAACAAUAUUAAUUUAAAUGAUAGUUUAAUUACAACAUUAAAAACAUCUAUAACAUCAUUAUCAUCUUCAUCAUCAAUAGCGUCACCACCAUUAUCAUUAGUAACAUCAGUAUCAACUACAACAACAACCGAAGCUACAUCAUUAACAACAUCAAUGCCCUUACAAAUAGCUGAGCAACCAGUUAUUACAACUGCAUCAAAUUAUAAUAUAAAUACCAGUAUAGCAAAUAAUAACAGUAAUAAUAAUAAUAAUAAUAAUAGCAAUAAAAAUAAUAGUAACAGUAAUAACAAUAAUAAUACUAAUAGCAAUAAUAACAAUAGUAACAAUAAUAAUAAUAACAACAAUAAUAAUAACAAUAAUAAUAACAAUAAUAAUAACAAUAACAAUAAUAAUAAUAAUAACAAUAAUAAUAAUAAUAAUAAUAAUAAUAGUAGCAAUACAAUUAGCAAUUCAUCACAGAAACGUACCAUGGAUGAUGUUGUUAAGCGUUUAACAAGUAAUAUAAGAGUAAAUUCAGUUAAUUCAGAUCCUCGACAACCGGAUAAUAGUUCGCCGCAUUCAAAUAGUAAUAAUGAAAAUUCAUCGCCGUCACCACAUUCAUUAUUAUUAUUAAAUGAUCAUCAUAAUACAAGUGGUGCAAGUGGUACAAUAACUGCAGAUAGCAUUCAAGAACAAGAACGAAUGUUAACUGCAAUGAUUAGAAAAUUGCAGAUAAUUAGAGAAGGUCUUUUAAAUCAAGUAAGUCUUCACAGAAAAUAACUUUAUUUAAAAGAAAAAAAUUAAUGGGUAAUUUAAAUUUUCCUAAAGGUAAAAAAAUUUUUCUUAAUAAUUAACUAUAUUAUUUAAAUAAAUAUUAAUAUUGCAAUAAUUACAAUUUUUUUUAUGUUUCACGGCAAUGUUAAUUUAUAAUAUUAAAAGUAUAUGAUUGUUUAUAAAAUGUUCAAAAACAAUAUGAUAAUAAAUAAUGAUGAUUCCAAUAACACAUUUGCUUGAAAAUGAGAAUUUGAGUUUAAAUUGGCGUGAUUGCAGUACGGUAAUUUUUGGUAGUCAUUUAAAUAUAUAAAAUAAAUAUUAGACUUAAAGUACUAAGGUACGUCUUAGUUUAAAGUCACUAAGAUCAGAUUUCUGAUAGUGUAUAACUAGCUGAAACAUAAUUGCUCUGCCUUUUCUAACAUACCUUC